AUGUCAAUAAGGAGCACAAUUGGAGUACUGGCACUUCAAGGUGCAUUUGAAGAACACUGUAACAUACUCAAGUCUAUUUCAAAUUAUAAUAUUAUUCAAGUUAGAUCCAUUGAAGAGCUACGCAGCUGUUGCGGUUUGAUUAUCCCAGGUGGUGAAUCAACUACAAUGUCCUUGGUGGCGAGUAGAUCCGGUUUAUUAGGCGCUUUAAGGGAAUUCUGCAGUAACCCAAACACAGCUGUCUGGGGUACUUGCGCUGGUAUGAUUCUACUCGCUAAGGAAGCCAGUCAAACAAAGAAAGGCGGUCAGGAGUUAUUCGGUGGAAUGGAUAUGAUAGUAAAUAGAAAUCAAUAUGGUUGUCAAUUGGAGUCAUUCCAGGAAGACAUCCCUUUCAAUUGCAUCAAUGGUGGCCCUGUAAAUGGUAUUUUCAUCAGAGCACCCAUUCUACACUCAUAUUCAGAUAAUAAAAAUAUUAUAGAGCUAGCCUCGCUCCCUUCAAACCCAGUAGACCAUUCUGUUGCUCCACAAGGUCACGUUGUUGCUCUGCGCCAAGCCAAUAAGAUGUGCACAACUUUCCACCCAGAACUAACUCGCGAUUAUAGAUUACAUGUAUAUUUUGUAGAGGAAAUUGUGAAUAAGAUAUAG